AUGGCCUCGACGGAUGGACCACAGGCUGUUGGUGGAGAUGCGAUUCUGGAAUGGGUACAGCAAUUGGAUACGCCGGAAGCGGAGAAGGAGGAGGUGGUUGAUGAUCUUUGUCGGGCAAGCGUGUUGGCAGAAACGCAAGUGGAGAUUCCACCCUUAGUUGCGCAGCGGAGUGCAGGCAGCCGGCGCCACUCGGCCUACGUACGGGGGGCCCCCGGUGGUGGUCCCGGUGGUGAUGACCAAUGCGGGUGGAGGAGUGUGCCGAAGAGUGCGUUGAAGAAUGUGCGGCAAUUGCAGGUGGGUCGUUCGUGGGGGGCGGAGCGGAGUCGUACGUUGGUGGGGGAGGCGACGGGGUCGUUACCUUCUGCGGCAGUGCACGUGUUGUUGGCGUUGUUGAGUCGUGGUGCUUUUCGGAUUUCGAGUUUAGACAAGAGUCGGCGAUCGCGUUUGCACAUGGCUGUGGAGGAGCGGCACGGAGGGAUGGUGCAGGCUUUGUUGCGUGGCGGCGCGAACCCUAACCAGUUGGACGCACGUCAGUUUUCGCCGUUGUUGUUUGCGGUGAAAGAUCGCGACCUGAAGACGGCAUCGGCGUUCCUGGCGAGCGGGGCACACGUGGACUACGGUGGCGGGGUCUACGGGUCGCCGUUGCAUGUAGCGACGGUGAACAUUGACCCUCUGAUGACGGGGCUUUUGCUCAAGUAUGGCGCAGACCCGAACUUUUGUGACGGCGACGGUCACAGUCCACUGCACGUACUCUUCUCCGUUUUCGACAGCGGCGGCGAUUCGAGCAUAGCAGUGGCGCUCUUCUUACUCUCACGUGGCGCCGAUUGCAACUUGGUAGGCAACGAGGGCUGGGCACCAUUGCACCUCGCUAGCAAACGUAAUCAACAAAAAGCCGUCAAAUUUGUUCAUGACUGUCUGCGCAUGAAGGAAAGUAACCAGACUAGCGAGAUGGCACGUGCCGCCAACUUCAACGUGAAUGUCGCAGGAGGUCCGCAACGCUGGACAGCACUCCACCUGGCCGCUCGUGAGGGAUUCACCCAAGUCCUACUCUCCCUCCUCCAAGCCGGCGCAGACCCCACUUUACUUAACGCCCACCACAAAACCGCCCGCCAGGUGUGCGGCGGCCAGUUCGAAUGCCACAAGCUUCUUCUCCGUGCCGAAAAGGAGUGGAUCUGGUGGCAAUGCAUGAACACUCACACAACUUCCUACGCGCCUGGCCUGCACCGCACCAUGAGUCAACUCAGUAAACACAUGAAAGGCAGCAUGGCCAGACUCGCACACCUGCCCAGUCCCGGUCAACCACCCUUACCCGUCUGCGACCUCCGUUCUGAUACCGAAUUCGAGACCGAAUUCGAGACCGAACUCGAGACCGAACUCGAGCUACCCACAGAUUCCACAUACCCAACAGAUUCCACCUACCCUACCUACCCUACCGACUCCACUUACCUCGACACAAGAACCUUACAACCCUCGCUGCAACUCUCCUCAUUGCAACCGCUGUGUUCUCCCCCUGUGUGUUCUGCCGGCGGCUGUUCUCACCGCGGGUGUUCUUCCGGUCAGGUGCGUUUCUCAGUCGACAGUAAACCGGAGGCUGACCAGAAUGCCAGAAAUGGAAACGUUGACAGUGACCGAGCUGACACCCCAAGGGUUGAUACCUCCCGAGGUGAUACGUCCCGAGGUGAUACGUCCCGGGUUGAUACGCCAAGGCCGGGCACCCCAAGGGCUGCCACCGCAAGGGAAGGCGUUGAGAGGCACUUGAGCAAGAAGGCGACCGUGGCCUGCAAGCAGGAGACGCUUCUUGCGAGCUCUCAAAUGAAUGCGAAAAACGAUGGAGGUUCAAGCUCCCCGGAGCGGCCGCCUGAAAAGGGAAUGACUUGGUCUCGUUUGGAGACGAAGCUGCGACCAAGUGGGAUUUCCGAAUUCAGUAACGAACAGGUCGGCGACGAGCAGAUUGCUGACGAGCAGAUUGCUGACGAGCAGAUUGCUGACGAGCAGCUAGUCGGUAACGACACCUUGGACGCAGUGGGUCACACCCAGAGUAGUGCGGAGGUGCGACGCGGUCGGCCUGCCCGCAGUGAUCAUGAACUCGGCGGUUGCGAGGGAGACGAAAAUGGAGGUGAGAAUGAAGGGAAGCGGCUGAGGUUGCGAGGAGAGGUCGGCGGCGACAUUUAUAGCCCACAGACUCUGAUAGAAGAUUUGACUGAAUUUAUGGAGCCUUCUGAUUUGGAGAUGGAUUUCAACAGUCAGUUAAAUCAGGACAUUCAGCAGUUCAUUAAGAAGAUGGAAGAGUUGCAAAAGAAUGUGUACGAGGCACUUCGUCCGCAACAGCUGUACUGGUCCGAAGUGCGCUUUCCGGUGGCAAUGGAUGCUAUGACGCGAUUGCCCGAGGUGUUCAGCGCAUGUUUGCCAUCCACUCGGUGGCUCGCGGAGACGCCGGUGGUGAGCCGAUCUAUCACGGGUCUGCCGCCGAGCGACGUGUUGCCAGGGAUUGAGGAACUGCGGGGCGUCGCGGCGGUGACCCGAGACCACUUGCUUAGCGACGCCCCGUUGACUGCCCGCACACACAAGAUAGUGGACACUCUUACAACCAUGUCCAACCAGGAUCGACGGUGGCCCAAACUUCCGCACGCACUUAAUGCCGUCACAGGCAGCGCCGGAAUUCCCACCCAACUUAUAUUAUCUGACCACCCCGAGAAGAGCCUGCUCCACCCCUUGGACUUUUGGGAUACGGAUACCACCACUCCUCGAAUCGUCAAUCUCGACCCCGACCUGUCAAAACUUGGAGAUAACCGCAGUGCGGAAUACAGCCAUCUCAACACGAUGAUGUCCGCUCCCAGCGACUCCGGCAUGGAAUAUAAUGAGACGCCGAAGCUCAUCCAGCGCUUCCACAUACUGAGCAUUGUUACCCAACGAUCUAACUUCUCCGAGCACAGCCGAAAAUUUUGGUCAAAAUGGACAGGCUGCGAGUUCUAUAAUCACAUGCGGCGAACCAAGCUCGAGGGGGAAGACCGCGGGAAGCUUAUUCACGACAUUCUCAGUCGAGAUUUCGGUGAGUGUUUGGCAAACACAAAAGCGCGCGCUGCAAACACGCGCGCUUCAAUUACGCGCGCGCCUCGAAGUUCCAACACCAAAUUCUCGCCGUUGCCGCUGACGCUUGCGCUGCUAUAUGGGCCAAUAGUCAUCCCGACGGUCUUGUGCAGCGAGGAACCGGCUAAUUCGGCGCAGUCGCUGGGUUUGAUAAUUAGACACUUCGUUUGUCGGAAUAAUUUCGAUGCGUUGCGGCAGUUGUUUCAGCGCAUGUCUGUGGAGGAGUUGAUGACGCUGAGGAUGGUCAAGCGCGACGGAAGGACGUUCCUGGCCGAGUCGAUAGCCGAUUUGCGGGCGAGAGAGGAAAGCUUGCUGGCGCUGGCGUGUUACCUACCGCUGGACACUCGCUUGUCGAAAGGCGGGGACGAGUUGUGCGAAGCGAGCAAGAGGAAGAUGUUGCGCCUGUUGCGGGUUUUAUUGGCGCAGGGUGCGCAGCCGAAUGAGUACGGGAGGGAGGGCGCGGCGGCGCUGCACGUGGCUGCGAAAAAUCGUUGUCGGCAAGUGAUGCUCAACUUGCUGUACCACCCGCGGAUUGACGUGAACUUGGUGGACGUAGAAGGUUUUACGGCUUUGGACCACGCGGUGCGGGGCGGAGACCACAUUGGGAUCGGCAUGUUGUGCAACCGGGGUGCGAGUGUGAGUAUUGGCGGUAUCACUAGUCGCCUAAAAUUCCGUUCGGCGUCGAAGGAGCGGCGUCUAACGUCUUUGGUGGGUCGAUCGUUGGCACCGGAAUUGGAGCAGUUGUUUCUGGCGAACAACUACUGUCCGGAACUGAAGAACCGUUUUUUGGACUACCUGAUUGAGAACUACCACUUUGAUAGGAAGAGAAAGUGCCGCGUGUCGGAGCGUCUGCCGGCGCCCAUCAAGUGUCCACAGCAGUCGGCGACCAGCAGCGACGCGGGCCUGCUCUACAGCCUCGGCGUCGUCCCCGGCCACGUGCUCGGUCCGCCAGUAAUUGUGCGUGCCACUGUCUCUGAGCCGCACCAGGGUGAAACGGUGAAGAUCCAGUUAAAGCGGCGCCGGACCUCGUUCGGGAGCGAGGUAAGCGAGUUGGGUCGUGAGCAUAGCAGUCGCCUCGUCUAUCCCGCGGCGCUCAAGACGUGUGUGGUUUGCGAGAAGCUACUGCACCGGCCGAAUGUGUCGGCGAAAACGGAAUGUGCGAACUGUAGCACGCCGCUCUGUGCCGCUUGCGCAGUCGCCGUCUUACGUAUCGCACCCGCUGCACUCCCACUCCUCCAAGACCUCGACCGCGAAUCGCCACGCAACCGUCGCGGCUACGUCAUUCGCCGAGCCCAAUCACCAACCCAACCCAACGAGCUCUACAACUACCGCCUACUCGCCAUCGAACGGGCGCCCGACACCGAUGACCUGCCCGCCCUCGAAACCAGCCGCUCGCCCCCGGGGACGAGAACUCCGCAGUGCGCUUCCAAACUCGCUGCUGCCCGACACCGUCUCUCGGCGGCCGGUCGUACCUCUAGCCCCGCCCGUCGUCGCUCUUCCUCCGCCGGCCGGGCGCUAAGCCUCGGCGACGCCUUGGCCGCCGUUCGGCUUACACACUGGGAGGAGCCGGACCCCCGACAGGGGCCGGACGACCGAUCCCCACCGGGGGGUGAGGCGUUUAAAUUCUCAGAAAAGGAAAAGUCCGUCGGGGGGACUCCGACGGAGAAGAGACUGGACCGGGCGUUGCACGACGCGCCGAGUGCAAUGUUCGAGGCGCUGUUGUCUUCGGCAAACGAUGCGGGCAGUCUGGAGGCGGUGUGGUGUCGCGGUUCGCUCAUGUUGACGGCGGGUUACGCGACGUUACGGGCGCAGAGUCUGUGUGGCGUGGAGGAGCUGCCACUGAGCGGACUACACGGCGUCUACCGGCGAAUGCAAAAGGCUCUGGCGCAGAACCUGUAUGCCGCAGAAGAUGGCGUCCACGUCCUCCCGCGCCGCUCCAUUGGCCUCUGCACGCCCCGCUCCUCGCAGGUGCGCCUGCCACCCUCUCUACCUCAACCGUUGCGAGCCGCCAGCGGCCGCGCACUCAGCAUCUGCGCCCUCGUACACUACAUCGCUCAAGAGAAACUUCGGCCCGGCCACGCUGCCCGCUUCCUACUCGACUCUGCCGAAACACUCAACCUCUGCCCCUUCUGCGCCUCCUUCUACCUCGGCCUCCCCACGCUCAUGCGCCGCCGCCCUGCCUAG